AUGGCCGAAGACGAUACAGAGCUAUGGCAUAGAAGAUUGGGUCACGUGUCGUAUGGUACGCUGAAUGCCAUGGUCAAGGACGGAAGGAUCAAGGGCGCAACGAUGAAGACGAACGUUGCGUGUGACGUAUGCGCAACGUCAAAGCAAGUGCGCAAGUCAUUCAAGACAAGUGAAGAAGACGCUGAAACCAGGGAGAGUUCGCGUUCCGACGUGGUGGUGUGCUCCGACGUUCUCGGACCUAUCACGCCAGCGUCCAAGUCUGGUUUCAGUUACGCCGUAACCUUCAUCAUGAUGAAGAGCAGGUAUGUAACGGUCUAUCCGUUGCGAAAGAAGAGCGACGUUGCGAGUGCGUUCAAGCGGUUUUACCAAGAUGUCAAGACAGCAUCUGGAACGAAGAUAAAGGUGUUGCGAAGUGACAACGGCGGCGAAUACCGGAACGCAACGAUGAACAGCUUUUGCAAGGCAAAGUUCAUUAAGCAAGAGUUCACGGUUCCGUACAACCCAGAGCAGAACGGGAUGGCGGAGCGGAUGAACCGCACGCUGGUGGAGAUGACGCGCUGUAUGCUCAAGGAAAGCGGUCUCGACAAGUCCUAUUGGUGCGAGGCACUAAUGACAGCGGCAGACAUCAGAAACAUUCUGCCGAACGCGUCGAACAAGAACUCAAGCCCACACGAAAUGGUGUUCAAGAAGGUUCCGCGCAUCGAUCACAUGCGCGUGUUUGGUGCGCAAUGCUAUGCGCAUGUGGCGAAGGAGAAGAGAAAGAAGCUGGACGACUCAGGCGUGCGAUGUUUCUUUCUCGGCUAUGAGAAGGACCAAAAGGCGUAUCGGCUUCUCAACGCGGACGAUGGCUCGAUCGUGAUUUCAAGAAGCGUCACGUUCGCUGAGCAUUCUGUCACGAAAGCAUCGAAAAGCAGAGACACGCAGGUCUUCGAUGUCAUUGAAGAAGAUGAAAGUGUGGAGGCGUCGCUAACCGAUGAUGAAGACAUACCAGCGCCGGUGACCGAAGAAGAGCUGCGCACCCCACCACUUCGAGCGCAGAACAGCUCUCAUCACGGACCAAGUGUUCGACCAAGCGACACCAUUCCUACGCGCGCAUCCAGCACACCCGGAAGAAAUGGAGAAGAAGAGUGGAUGGUGCGACCGGUUCGAAAGAAGCGCGGCGUGGUUCGCUACGAACAAGAAUUUCCAAGCCAUCGUCGCGGUCGCUUCAAUUUGGACGACUACGAAGGUGACUUCGACUCUUUCUACUGUUUCUCGGCUGAAGAAGAUGGGGAACAAGCGUCCAGCUAUCGAGAAGUGAUGAAGAGCGGCUACAAGGAGCAGUGGCUCCAGGCAAUGAAGAGUGAGAUGAAGUCGCUUGAAGAACACAGCACAUGGAAGCUAAUGGACAUGCCACCGGGCAAGAAGGCCGUUGGCUGCAAGUGGGUCUUCAAGAUUAAACGCGAUCCAAGUGGCGAGAUCAUCAAGUUCAAGGCACGCUUGGUUGCGAAAGGGUUCACGCAGCGUCCUGGCAUCGACUAUAACGAGACCUUCGCACCAGUGGCGCGCAAGGAAUCUAUCAACACAGUGUUGGCGAUCGCUGCAGCCGAAGACCUGGAAGCAGAAAACGUUGAUGUCGACACAGCGUUUCUCUACGGCGAAGUGGAGGAGGAGAUCUACAUGGACCAACCUGACGGUUUUGAAGAUGAAGGAAGCCCGAAUAAGAAGUGUUUGCUGCAGAAGGCGCUAUACGGGACGAAGCAAGCGGCGCGGCAGUGGAACAACAAGUUGAGUCAGCACUUGGUUGAUCAAGGAUUCAAGAGCAGUACAGCGGACCCGUGUGUGUUCGUUCGAGUGACAAGAGAGGAGUACAGCAUCAUCGUGAUCUACGUGGACGACUUGAUGAUUUUCUGCAAGACGAAGGAGCACAUCGCAAGUAUCAAGAACUCAUUGAUGGAAGAUUUCAGCAUUAAAGAUCUUGGAGAUCUCAAGUACUGCCUCGGGAUCGAGAUUCAUCGCAAGCGCGAAGAUGGAACGAUCAAGAUGAACCAGAAGGCGUACAUCAAGCGACUUUCGGAGAAGUUCGGCGUUGAGAACUGCAAGGACAUGCACACGCCGGCGGACAGUAAUUCGAAGCUGAUCAAGAUGGGUCAAGAGGAAGCGUUUGUACCAAAGUACCCAUACCGUGAGCUGGUGGGCGCUUUAAUGUACAUCGCCACAUGUACACGACCGGACAUUGCGCAUGCGGUUGGCGAAGUUGCGAAGUUUUGCGAGCGCUACGACAAGUCGCAUUGGACAGCAGCAAAGCGGAUUCUCAAGUAUCUCAAGACGACUCAAGACUUAAGCAUCGUUUUCAGCGGCAUCAACAAGGGAGAGCUGAUUGGAUUUGCGGAUGCAAACUGGGCUGGCGACCUCGACACGCGGCGUUCGACAACAGGAUACGUUUUCUUCCUGAACGGAAGCGUGAUAUCGUGGAACUCGAAGCGUCAACCAACGGUCGCGACCUCAAGUACGGAAGCAGAGUACAUGAGUCUGUACAGCGCGACGCAGGAAGCAAUUUGGCUUCGAGGUCUGCUCAAGGACCUGAACUACUGUGCCAAGAACGCGACGACGAUUUUUCAAGACAAUCAAGGUUGCAUCGCGCUGGCCAAGAAUCCUGUGUACCACUCGCGCACGAAGCACAUCGACAUCAAGUUUCACUUUUUGCGUGAAAAGGUUGCAAGUGCAGUUAUCGCGCUAGAGUUCAAGCCGACAGAAGAAAUGGUCGCGGAUGGAUUCACCAAAGCACUUCCAAGAGACAAGCACAGCAAGUUCAUCACGGGUCUGUGCAUGGCGGUGUAG